GGCCGUCACCUCAGAGCUGGGGCGGGGGUCGGGCCCCAUCUCGGCCCGGGUGCCUGGCGCUGCCCCGGUGGGGCAGGAACGCUCCCCGGCCCAUCCCGUCUCAUUCUUUUCGGGAUUCCCGCCGCCGUCUCUUGUCUCACUGAAUCCUCCGACUUGCCCUGUGCCCGCUGCCUCGUGCUUGUCCCUGCCGACUAACCCAGCGCUGGUGGCCGUCGCGGGGCCGGCACCCCUGUGCCCGGUCGGUGCCGGUGUUCCCCCGGCAGUGCCCCGCGGUGCCCGCUGCCCCCGCGCUCCCGGAGCGGCUCGGUGCAUUGUGGGACAGCCGGGGGAGGCUGCUGCUGCUCGGGAGCCGUAACCGCCCGGGGCCAGCGCGGGCCGGGCUGCCGGGCCUCGGAGGGUCUCGUCCCUCCGGCGGGGCUGGCGGGGCUCCGACAGAUUGCUGGAAGUGAUUGAGGACGUGGAGCAUGUUGCAGAUCGGAGCUGCAAGACUUAACACAAGGCCAGUGUUUGGGGGUGUAAGAUCUCGCAUUGGGAUCCAGCAAAAUCUUCUGAACAGAUCACCACCAGCUGUGAGCUUCCAGCGGACAUUUGAUGCCAGACAGAAGAUAGGACUCACUGAUGCCCGACACAAACUGGGGGUUAAGGAUGCCCGGGAGAGACUGGUUCAAAAGGACGCUCGGUUCAAAAUCAAAGGGAACGUGCAGGAUGCUCGAGAGAUGUUGAAUUCCCGUAAGCAGCAAAGUAUUGCUGCUGAAAAGGUGACCAAAGUGGUGGAUGCCAGAGAGAAGAUCAGCUUAAAAAGGAGCACUCCAGCAGCUAUCAGCCCAGCUAUGGGAACAGUAAAUCCAGCAAUGAAAAUCACCAAAACUAUCCAACAGAAGGCUCCAGUUCCUGGACACUCUCACCCAGCAGGAAUGAGGAUCAAUGUGGUGAACAAUCAUACACAUAAAGAGGGCCUGUAUGACACAGAAGAUGAUGAUGAAAGUCUCCCUCCCCUUCCUAGCAAACAGAUGAAAAUCACCACCACAAACAGUUUCCUGCACAACUCGACUGGUCUGAGCAGCAAUAAAUUCUCUCUGUCCAAGACUGUUCCCCUGACUAAAGUGGUCCAGAACGAUACAUACACAGCUCCUCCAACACCUCCCCCUCCUGUGCGGCCAAAGGCCUUGACAAACAUGUCCCGGACCUUAGUGACAAAGGAAGUGCCUCCAAAAGAGCCAGCACCUGUUCAGCUGGCGUUCAGUCCUUUGGAAGGCACGAAGAUGACCGUAAAUAAUCUGCAUCCUCGAGUCACAGAAGAAGAUAUUGUUGAGUUAUUCUGUGUGUGUGGCGCUCUGAAGCGAGCCCGGCUGGUGCACCCUGGAGUGGCUGAAGUAGUAUUUGUGAAGAAAGAAGAUGCCAUCACAGCAUAUAAGAAAUACAACAACAGGUGCUUAGAUGGUCAACCAAUGAAAUGCAAUCUUCAUAUGAAUGGGAAUGUCAUCACCUCAGACCAGCCUAUAUUGCUCCGACUGAGUGAUACCCCUUCAGUGAAGAAGGAAGGGGAGCCACGCCGGUCAAGUGCAAGCGCCUCCUCAAAUCCCCCUGCUGAAGUGGACCCUGAAACCAUCUUGAAGGCACUCUUCAAGUCCUCAGGGGUCUCUGCCUCUGUGCAGCCCACAGAAUUCAAAAUUAAACUCUGAGAGGGGGAAGCAAGCAGUGGACUGGAAAACUCAUAUAAGUUGGGGGAUGAGGAAAGUGCAGGAGUGCAGAUGUUAUUUGCAUUUGCCUGUCCUGAAUUUUUUUUGUUUUCUAUGAUCGCUACCUUACUGUACAAUAGUGUUUCCUCUUGUGUGUGUACUUUCUGUUUUCAUAGUUGGAGCUUUCUUCCAUGAUUUUUUUUUUCCCCAAGAGAAUAACCUCCCCCUUCUGCCAGUAAUGUAUUACCAAGCAUAUACCAUGUAACUUCAUCCUUUACUCCAAAGCCCCCAGUGGCCAUUAAAAGUGCACAUAGACUUUGAGGGAAGGAGUGGUGAUCUCCUCCUCCUUUCUUCUGACUGACCUUUAACUGAAAGGGGCAUCCCCUUGAUUGUCCACAGGCAAGAGCACCACGUUUCUGAAGUUGCUGGACUGGGUACAAAGGCAGGCUGGGCUCCGUCCAGAAAGGACUUGUAUGCUUUUGGUGGCAUAACUCUUCCUUCUGGCUGUUGGACACUUUCCUGCUCAGCAGCUGGGACAUUGAGAAGAAGCAGAAAAAGCUGAACUGCCGCAGUGUGUGCCAGGCAGAAAGGACACAGGCAUAAGUGCACCAGCCACUGUGCUAUGGGCAGGGGUGUUUCAACUCUGGUAGUGCUGGAGGGUUGUUCUGGCAUUUGUACAAUGAAUAUAUUUGCUCUGGAGGGCCAGGCUCAGUUGCUCUCCUCUUUCUGACUGAAAAAUUAAGAGCCAGUCAUGUUUGGAGCUAGAAGAAACCCUGCUGUUUGACUCCAUUAGACUAUAUUGCCUCUUCCUGCUGAUGCAUGGACACAAGUUUCUUUCUUGUCUUCUAACUCAGCCAGUCUCCUAUAAAAAGGAAGUACCUGGGACCCUUUUCAGAUCCUAAUACACGCCAAGUCUCGUGUCUGAACUCGUUUCUUGGAGAGAUGCAAUUUGGGCAUUGUUUGGCUGCUGUGCGGUUCUGCUGCUGGCAUGCCUGAAUUUGGAAGAUGAUUGCUGCAGUGUGUGGCUUCAAGGAGAGGUUUAGGAGCAGAGGGCAGUCAGUGCUGUGUAAGGAGCACGGCAGAGGAGUGUCAAGUCUGAUGCAGGGCAGCGAGGACGUGGCGUGGGCCAGCGAGUGUGUGUGACAAGCCACUAGGUGGCACUUCCAGUACUCCCCAUUGUUUGUACUGCAUUGGCACCUUGGAUGUUGAAAGUCCCAGUAGCUCCACCCGUUUGUGUUUGUUCAAAUUGUGUUGGAAGAGAGGAAAGCUGAGAGCAACUUCCAGAACCUGGUUGGGGUUUGAUCUUGAUCCUACUAGCUGGGAGACUUACCUAAUCCAUUCUGUUCAGCUCUGCUGUGUAGCUCCUGUAAGUCCAGAUUCCAUUUCUUGGACAACACCACAUUUCUUUUGCUUUCUUGUUCUGUAUGAACUCUUUCUCCUAUCUAGCUUGUGCAGACCAUUCCUCUAUCUCACUGUAUCCCUUUUAGCCAUGGAAAUAAUAAGGACUUGACAGGACUUGUUUUUCUGGAGUACUCUCUUUGGUUUGAAGGCCAGUGACACCAUCAUUGGUAGGGUGCUUUAUGUGAAGAGCAGAUGUUCGUAGGGGAGGGGACCCAAGACAGCUAUUGUUCUCCUUUUUUAGAUUGCCCACCAAAUACCUGUGUUUUAAUAAAAAAAAAAAAGGGGGGGGAGGGGAGAGGGAGGAAACAUUAGGGGCUGGAGAAGAUAAUGUAUUACUUGUUUCUGAAUAAACGUUUGUUAUACAGA